AGCACCAGAAACCCAAACGAGGAGUGGCGGUGGUCGCAACACAGUUUUCUCUGUCUUCUCUCGCCUCUUCUUUUCACCAUCCCGCCACCUUCAGAAAAAAGGGAAAACGAAUUGGCGGCCUGAAGUAGAGGCCGAAAGAAACUAUAUAUAGAAUGUCUCAACUCCCAAACGACAAGUAUCGGCUGCGCCGGCGCCCCCGUGCCCCAUCAGCAGGAGGGGCGGGAGUAGUAGCAGCGGGGCUGUCCUGCGGGAGUGCCUCCAGCAGCACCCGGCCCUCCUCGCGGCCCCGCAUCGAGGCAACAGAAAACGUGCCGUCUCUCUCGCCCACCGUCUCCCCACCUGCGCUGUCCAUGCGCGAGCGGGGCUCCAACACGUCAACGCCGCCGCCUGCGAACUGGCAAAUUCCUUCGUGCAGCCGCUGCAUUGUGUGUGGCCGGCUCGGAUGUGAGGCGUGCAGCGUGAAGGUCGAUCCUGAAGCAACGCGGCAGAAGCUGGACUCUCUCCGCCUGAACACACCUUUCGAACGCGCGAAGUUGACCCGCAUCACCGACGAGCUGCUCAGCGAGGAAACCCGACAGCGACAGCGGCUCGUUAGUAGGGGCGAUGCCUGGCUGGAAGGGCUGCGCACGACGGAGUUGAUUGAACGCCAUCUAGUGCGCGUGAUCUUGCAAGAGGCCCUCUAUCGACAGCAGUUGUGUAGGUCGGAGCAAGCCGUGCGAAGUGCGUUCGUCUCUGCGGCUGAUCAGCACACCGUUCUGCUUGCCUUACAAUCCAGCGAGGCCGCCGCGCGCCAGACAACCGUCGCCCGCGAGCGAGAGCAAUUUGCGAACUUCGUGUGGCGCUGCACGCACGCAGCACAGGCGGUGCACCUCCUUCAACGCGAGGCCACCACACGCGAGGCCCUGCGCUACAACGAAUCGUCGCAGUGGCACCGACUGCAGGCGACCGAGGUCGAGAGCCGCAGCCUCAUUGCUGAAAACGGCAUGGCGCGUCUUCGUUUCCACGACAGCUUCCUGGAGAGCCGUGAGGGAAUCUGUCGCGAGUGGUACACCGCGGUAGAGAACCUCGCCGCAGCAGCCGCGUCGCAUCGGGAGUUGGUUGGUCAGCACGUGCAGCAGCGGUGUGUGUUCCUGCGCGCUGCAGAGCAAGGGAAGCGCGACCUCGCCGCCGAGGAGGCAGCCACGCGUGUGCGCCUGCGGGAGGAGAUGACCGAGGAGGCGGAAUACCUGGUAGAGUGCCACCGCAUCUUCGCGCGGCAGCGCGCCACCUUCUUCAAGUCCGAGGCAUCGCUGCGGCAGGGCAUUCGCGAGGAGGCGGAGGGCGGCUACCACGUCAUUUUUCUCGACAUGAAAGCGGACGAGGAUGACGUGCGCGAGGCGGAGGCGCAGAAGGCGGACCGUCGGCACUCCGCGCUGCUCUUCGCGCUCGACGCGCUUCGCACAAUUCAGCACGAAGAGCACACCGCCUUUGAGGCGCUUGUGCAAGAGCAACGCACCGACGCCGCGGGGCGGCUGGCGUGGCGGGAGACGAAGGCGGCGGUCCGAGCUGCGCUGCUGCACCAAUGCGUGUUGGAGAGGGAAACGACCGUCGCUGCGGCGGAGGCGGCCGCUCGCGCUGAGCUGCGAGACGCACUGGCGCAAGGCGAGGUGGGCGUGGCGCAGUGGGUGACGUCCAAACACCACGCACGGGAGGAGCUGUGCCGCAAUGCGCAGGCGGCCCUGGAAGCCGUCGCUGAAGAGGAGCGUCAGGCGCGUUUCCGCCUGCUUUCAAGCAUGGCCGCCCACGAAGAGGGGGUCCGGCGGUGGUGCGAGGAGAAGCGUGUGGCACGUGCAGCGCUGUUCGAGGGCGAGCGUGCCCAGCGCAGCUUCGUGGUGCAGCAAGAGGGCGUAUGCCGGCAGGCGGUGUGCAGCAGAUUUGUGUUCACCACCAAAGCGCUUGAAGACCGUUUGAUGCAGCACCGUCAAGAGCGGACAAGGGCGUUGUCGACGGCGGUGGACGCCCUCACACGCAUUGCACAGGACGAGCAAGUGGAGUUCACGCACCUGCGCACGCGAGCAGCGGAAGACGCGAGGCGCACGGCGGAACUGUUCCACUUUCGGUGCCAGAUGGAUCUCCUCCACGCAGAGACGCAGCGACGCGCGUUGCUGGCGCAGGAUGAGAUGGCGGCGCGGGCCGAAGUGCACACGAAGAUGUUGCUGUCGGCCCGUUACGCCGCUGAGGCUGCCCUGGCCGCCCUCCGCGUGCAGCUCUGCAGCGUCACGACGGCUGAAGAAGGCGCGCGGCAGUGCUUCUACGAGCAGGUCGGCGACUGGUACGAGUACGUGGCAGUCGAGCAGCGAAUGGAGGAGCUGGCUCUGAUUGCGGAGCUGGAACAGCGCAUUCGGGAGGAGCUCCGUGCACGGCAGACGUACAUGACCGAGGACGCGCGGCUCUACGCUGAGGAGGAGCCUCUGGCGCUGCCCGCGCUGAGCAACGACGACGACGCGCGUUUUGCGCUCUCGACAAACACCAGCGGCGGAAGAGGAGGCAGCAUGCACGAUGUGCGCAGGGCUCUGGUGAUGCAGACGCUGGGCAACCCGACCUGCACCGCAGUCCUCCCCGCCCCAGCGGUAGAUUUUUUAGUCGCCGUGAUCGACCGGGUUGGCCGCCAGCGUGACAUUGCAAUGGAGGUCUUUACGGCCGCCGAGCGGCAGGCGCGAGACGCAUCGAAGAAGCUGAUGCAGUGCGAGCGUGUGCUUGCAGCGGAGAAGGAGAAGCGGGAGAUGUACGACGUCUCGUCCCGUCGCGAGGCAGAGGAGCGCGAGCGUCGCGUGCACGGCGAGUCGCUAGACAAGGCGCGCGGUCAGCAGAGCAUCGCGGCUGAGAAGCGUCGGCUGGCGGAUGUGCAGGCGGAGCUGCAAGAGCAGCAGAAGAAACUCGAAGCCCUCAAAAGCAGCGUCCACAAGCAGUUUAGCCGUUGA